GCUCAUUUUGCUUAAGCCGGAAUUAUUGGCACUUGUACGGUAUGCGUCUCCUCUGCGUUGGAAGCUUCUUUUGGACUUUUUUGGGUACAAUUUAUCGCCGAUAGUAGAUUCCUGAUUGAAGUAGUUUCUGCCACCUGAAGAAAGAAUCUGUGCAUUCGAACUUCCAUGGCAGAUACAGAUACAACUUUGAAACAAACUAGCCCAGAAAGGAGAUCCAGGAAUAUAGAAAUAUUGAAUUUAAGAGCCAAAGCAGAUAAAGAAAUGUUUCCCAAAUACACAACAGCAGGGAGCAUGUUUGCGCCUCGAGUGGAAAACCGAGAAGAGCCACAGUUUGCUGAUUUCCGAAGCAGGGAGGCGGACAAUAUGAGACGGCCAGAUGUCAGGCAUAAGCCGUUCAUGCAGCCAGUGUACAGAACAUCCAAGGACAUCGACAGCAGACAGCGAAUCACGCCAUCAGAACGACUCAACGGAGUGAUUCGGCCCGAAUUCACGAGUUUAGCUGAUGUCUACGAAGGGGCCCUCCGUAAUGUAUUAGGCAUACAACUCCACCUGGCACUUGAUGAUCAGCAGUCGUUUGCACAGGACGCCAUAAAUGAUCUUCUUUUCAAUCGUGAGAAAUCUUUACCUGGCCACCACAGGGGAAUGCGACACGAUCAGAACAGUUGUAUAAAGAGGGGAAGCGAAAACCACCAACACAGUCUUCCAAGCGAUGGAAAUAAAGACAUAAAAAAGAUAGGCUCCUUUCAGGGGCGCACUUCUCUAAGGGACCCUCUGCGGGUUUCUGCAGGGGGCUCUGCCUUUCACGUCCCCCCAAAGAAGCCACGAUUAGAUGAAGAUAUACCUUAUUCCGAAAGGGGAUUUCCAAUGGAACACUACGCGCUUGCCCCAAGGAUGACCUUCCCACCGGACUAUCCCCCGAAUUCCUUCCAUUCCGCGAAAGGAGCACCGGGAAUGUACAACCGAAGGGUCAACGCGCCCGAAGCUGUGUCUCAUGCUUAUGGGACAAACGGGAUUCACAUCCCUUCACCCAGGGAUCGUUACUCUCUGUGGUCAUUCGGUCAUCAUCGAGAUCUCUCUGCUUUAUUUCCGGUGCGGUGUUCUUCUGUUGAAAGCGAUCGCAGGCUUCAUCGAGGAAGUUUCGAGGACGAGCAACGGAGAACUAUGGACUUCGAUCGCGUAAAUGGAUUUAUGCACCAGAAAACUGCCGUGCAGGUUAAAAACGAAAAGGACUCGAGAGAUGAAAUCACUAAACGCGAUCAAAAACCAAUUUUAACCGAAAAACGAAGCCCUUUGACCUCAGAUAAGGAGACAGGACUUGAACGGGAUUUGGAAAGAGACAAGCUAUCGCCAAAUUCUUCGUCUUCACCAAAAUCUAAGCAGGUUCACUCUUUAUUGAUUCCUCGAAGAUCGAGUCCAACGCACGGAGCUGUAGAUUUUCGAAUAAAAACGCGCUACCGAAGCGCGCUUAGAAAACUGGAAACCAGAAGAGAAGGAAGGAAAGGAAAUGGUGACGAUGAUAAAGAAGAGUUUCUGUUCAAGUUAGGACUCGAAAGAAUCGAUGCUUGAAUGGGUUAAGAUUCUGCUGAUUGACAACUGACAAAAUAAAUUCGAAAAAGAAAGAAAGACGUUUUCCAUGUUAAUCCACUGUAAAGUGAUCGACGACUUCUACAGCAAGGUGUGACGAAGCAAAAUUUACCUUCGACAGGCCAAGCAUCUUCUUGAACAAAUACAACUCGUGACGCCAUGAAUUGAGUAACUUGGUAGUUCGCGCAUGUGCAAAGAUGAAGAAGGAGAAGAUUCAGUUAAAAGUAAAUAAUCAUCGUCAUUUUGAAAUCGGUUAGAGAACGCCUCGACGGAAGCGUGUUUUUCUUUGCGUAAUUUAGGGAUUUUUUGCCUUUGUCGGGAGGCUUACAAAAUAUAUAUAUAUUUAUUGUUGAUACUCGAGCGAAGUACACAGCCUCUUAUUGCAAAAAUUCAGCUUAAAUCAGUAAAUCUUAAAUCUAGCUUACAAAUUCGUUCAAAGAGCUGAAUAUAAUGGUCGCAGUCGUCAUCACUUACAACUAUGGUAGAGAUUAAAACUAAUUUAGCCAG